CGCCAUGUAGGCUAACAUCGAUUACCUCAUCAGAUGACACAAAACAUUUCAUAAGAAUUUUUAUUUUGUUUUCAAAAAUAUUUAUUAACAGAAAUCUCUCGCAAGGAUUUAUGCGAAAAAUAAUCAGUACUGUUUGGUAAUCAUCUCGUAAGGUUUUUGCUUUUGUCUCAGGCAGACAACUAAAAUGCGCUCAGCAUAUACUCCCCGUUGGCUUAUUGGUACACGAGUUUCCUGCAGUUCUAAAUCGACAUUCGUUCCAGCUCACGAACCCGCGUUAGAAAGUGACCGGCAUCGGUUGGAGAAGUUUUUGGAGGACAAACCGAACAUUCUUGUGCUAACAGGUGCUGGUAUCUCCACUGAAUCAGGAAUACCAGACUAUAGGUCGGAAGGAGUCGGUCUCUACGCAAGGUCCAAUCACAAACCGAUUCAACACGGCGAUUUCGUUGCAUAUGAAUCCACUCGUAAGCGCUAUUGGGCACGAAACUACGUUGGGUGGCCACGUUUUUCUGCAGUUGCUCCCAAUGUUACGCACUAUACAUUGGCCAGAUUGGAACGGGAACAAAGAAUAUCAGGCAUAGUAACCCAGAACGUCGAUAAGCUCCACACGAAGGCAGGCUCGAGGAGUGUCAUGGAAAUGCACGGUAGCGGAUAUAACGUGAUCUGCAUUGGUAAAACGGGAAAGGGAUGCAACUAUCACAUCCCAAGGCACGAGUUCCAAAGCAUCUUAGAUCAGUUGAAUCCCCAAAUGGAGGACCAAUCAACUAUGAUGCGGCCGGAUGGGGAUGUUGAACUGCCGCAGGAAUACGUUGAGAACUUUAAAAUACCGCCUUGUCCCGAGUGCGGAGGUGCCUUGAAACCGGAGAUUGUAUUCUUCGGUGACAAUAUUCCGAUGCCGCGCAUCGAGAGAAUAGUUCGCAUGAUCAUCGAGUCGGAUGGUGUACUGGUGCUGGGGUCUAGUCUUACGGUGUUCUCCGGCUAUAGAAUCGUACUGCAAGCCAAAGAACUGGGACUACCGGUGGCAAUAGUCAAUAUUGGGGAAACGCGUGGUGACCCGAAAGCCGACCUCAAAAUAUCUGCCAGGUGCGGGGAAUUGAUGCAAAGUUUGUUUAAGAAGUAAAAUAUGCGACAUUAAUUAUAGAUACACUUGGGUUGCUUUUUACGCGGAUGGAUUUUAUAAGUUUCUUGAACCUUAAUAUCCAGAACUUUGUAUAUACUACCAGAUUUUUCUUCGUUUUGUGGACUUUUCUAUGAUGAUAACUCAAUGUUUCAUUGAAUCUGAAGGUUAUAAACAACCAAAAAAAGCCAAGUGUACCCAUAUUUUUCUAUUAAUUUUGUAAAUAGACCAAUUAGUAAAUUGAUAAAAUUAAAAUCAGUAUAAUUACUGAAAAUGAAUGUGUAAAUAAAA